CCUCGAACGCACCCAAUGUGCAAUUGUGGCAAAAUGGCUGGAGAUCAGAUUGUUGAUGGUUCGCAAAAUGGGAAUAAUGAAAAAAUGAGCGAGAAUGGUGACUUGAAUCUCCAUUUAAAUUUGGAAGAUGAAUUCGUCGAAUUAGUUGAAUUUAUUCCAUGCCCGGAAUUUCAGUUUUCGACAUCAGCAUGUUAUAUUUGUAACGGAUACUAUGGACCAUGUUUUGAAGAACCACUCUGUGCAACUUGUCAUGCAUUCCUAUUUCCAAAUGAUGUUCAGCUACAGGUCCCAAUCUUCAGUGAGAAAACAGACGACGAAGAUUCAGGGAACGACGAGCCAACUGAUCUCUACUACAACCAUGAAAGGAGAACCAGUCAACAGCAGCAGAACUCUCCGCAGAGCAUCAACCCUAAUAUCCCAAACACACAAAAUACAUCCAAUCAGAACGCCAAUGUUUCCCGCAGAUUGUCUACAUAUUGUCAAAAUGUAGUGUCUCGAUGUAAUUAUUAUGUAUUCGACGACAAUUCAGACAACAAUCUCGUUGACAACUGUUUACCAGAGUCUGUGCGCAAUGUACCAGUCGACGAAGACAUUUGUGCCAUUGAUUUGCGGCACGCGCUUUGUCAAAUAACGGAUGCGCUCCGUCGACCUGUGAGGAAUGCCUCUCAUCGAAGUUGCGUUAACGGCCAAAACGAUCAGAACGUGGCGCAUCGUGCGCAAGACCUAAUGGAGGAAGAUCCGCAAAGCCCAGAGAUGUUCGCACCGGGCGAACGUAACCAGAACAACUUUCCACAGUAUCAGUGGCGCUACAGAACGUUCGAUGAUGUGGGCGAGUCGUCGCAGUCCUACAGUUUGUCAGAAAGACUGGAGAUAUUAUCGAAUCAUAAGCACAUCGAGCAUGAGCCCAUCAACGAACCAGGUCUGGUGGAAAGAUUGCCACCCGAGGUGUUAUUGGCCAUCUUCUCGUACCUCGAUGAUAUUAGCUUAUGGUCUGCGGCGAAUGUGUGCCGACGCUGGUAUGGCCUAGUGUCAACGCAUGUGACGCAGUCACAAUGGAAGCGUUACGUGAAAGAACGUUGGCCUCUGUACAAACCCAUCGGCUAUAUCAAGGACUGGUAUAAAGUGUACGAUUAUUUGGCCUCAUCGGCGCCCUGUCGAACAUGUAUGGCGUAUAGCACUUCUUUAGAUGCAAAUCUGAAAGACUUGGCCCCAAGACUGGAGGAGAACUCUUGGCGAAAGAACAGGCUGCGUAGCGAAUUGAAGAGUCUUAGAAUUGAUCCGCCCGAAGGUAUCGAAGCAGUACCGCUCGAUUUAAUGUGUUGCCAUUGGCAAGCCACUAUUACAGGACCGGUGGGCAGUCCGUAUGAGGGUGGAUUGUUCUAUCUUUAUUUAAGAGUACCGCUCAGCUAUCCCAUGUGUCCGCCUGUAGUAAGAUUUCUGACAAAGAUACUUCAUCCGAACGUGUCUAGACACGGAGACGUCGGUAUAGAUUCUAUACAUCACAACUGGUCAUUAGCUCUUACAAUAUCCAAGGUCCUCAUUAGUGUACAAAGUCUGCUCACAGAUCCAUAUUGCCAAGUAUGUAUGGAACCCGAACUCGGAGAGAUGUACAUGAAUGAUCGCGAGAAAUUCGAGGAAGUUGCCAGGGCAUGGACAUGGAGGUAUGCCAUGCACGACGUUGUAACACCGAUAUAGUGCACGCAACUGUAUAAAUGAAUCGUAAUUAAUCCAUGUAAUUAAUAUAUAAUAUCUAGAUGUUAUAGUCCAUAUACAAGCGCGUACACACACAGAUAUUACACCAGCAAAUCAUUUAAUAAUCUGAUGAUGACUCCUUGUGAUAUAUUGUGCUAAAAUAUACCAAGAAUAAAUGUACACAAUAAUAAAUGUACACAUAAAUGUACAUUUAAACAUUAUACUUAUCAAUCGCAAAAUAGUGUACUAGCAAAACCAAUCAUUU